AAUGGAACUGUGAUUAAGAAACCGCUUCGAGCCGUGAGACGUCUGCCGUAUAAUAUAUUUAUUAUUUUCUAAUUUCUAUAUUAUAUUGGUGUAUUAAAUAAUAAAUAUUGGACGAGUUUAUACGUUACAAUGUUUAAGCUUAUUAAAUUAAAUUAUGUUCGUAGUUGUGUUCAAAUACCAAAUAAUUCAUAUGCAUCACCUAGUGGAAUUAUUUCAUUGGGAAAGUCUAAAAAAAAACUGGGCAAAGGAGGUCCAGUUUUAGAAAAAUCAGAAAUUCCUGUUGAAACAGAUGCCAAAAAAUUAGUCAAUUUUGUGUGCGGGAGCAAUAUAUUAAAAGAAGGGCAAGAUAUAGAACUAAAACCUGACUCGGAAUACCCAGAUUGGCUUUGGAAUUUGAAUAUAGAUGGACCAGUGCCGUUAAAAGAUUUGGAUCCUAAUUCAAAACAAUAUUGGCUCAGAGUACGAAAAUUAUCAAUGAGAAGAAAUAAUUUGUUAAAUAAAUUAAAAAGGUUUUAGGCAUAUAAAAUAUAAUAGAAAUAGGUAUUAUAUAUAAAUAGUGAUUAAAUUUACCAUUGUUUAUUUUUAAAUUCAAAAUCAAUAUUUUAUUGUUGAAUAAAAAAAAGUUGAAUUUUGAUUUGUGAUUAUCAACAUAUAAAUGUCUAUUGUCCUUAAAUAAUAUUAGUAUGACAUAAA